AUGACCCCUCGCAGCUACACGCAAUCUAAAUUUCAUAAGACGAUCGCACCGUUUCUAUUGAAAGAAACAAAAUCCAUACUUCAAGACGCUCCAAAAUGGAGGUUGCUAAUCAAUAUUAUUCGCUCCAAUUUCAAAAAGACUUCAAAUUUCCCAUGCAAAUUGUGUGGUUUAAAAGGCCACACUCAGUCCGAUUGUCCACGUCGGACUACCCAGGAAGACCAGGAGAGAUGUGAAGUGCUUUAUGAAUAUCAGGGUUCCGAAGAGUAUCACCGGAACGUUAUUGCAUUGAUAGACGUUCAGAUAACGGCGCUCAAUCAAGAGAUUAUAGUGAGCGGCUGUAAAGGUCAUCGUCAAGAAUAUAUUACUGAUCACCGGCUUCAGAGAGUGGACACAGAAAUCAAUUAUCAUCGAGAAGAGCUUCGACUGGGCCCUCGUUUUGAGGGUGAGACUGGUGGCGCUGGUGGUGGUGCUGCGGCCGAUGGGCAACCAGCAGUAAUUCAGAAGCCACAUGCAAGCCCAAACCCCCGAUCUACCCUCUCCUAA